AUGCCAGAACCCAAGCAGCCUAAACACGGAGUCAAAGGGAAGUCGGCCACAGAGGUCCUCGAGAAAGAUGACACCGAACUGCGCCUAGAGAAGGCCCUGUUCGGAGACGACGCAGGCUUUCUCAAUUCGUUGACGAGGGACCAGAUCGAGGAGGAUCGGUCGUUGGUGCCGCGCAAGCAUGGAAAGGAUGACGAGUCCGAAGAAGACGAUGCCGAUGGAGGGUUGAGCCAUGUGGCAGACGAAGACUUGUUUUUCCUCGACACGGGUGCCGACCAACUCACGCCCUCCGUUGCGAAGGAACUCGAACGUACCGAAAAGGUGCAUGGUCAUCAUCAGCCAGAACCAGUGUGGCACGACAGUGACGAUGACCGGAUCACCGUCUCACUCGCCUCAAACACUCGCUUGCGCAAACUUCGCGACACGGAAGACGAUGAUGUGAUUAGUGGCAGAGAAUACAUACAGAGACUACGACGACAAUACGAGAGGCUUCACCCUACGCCGGAGUGGGUUACAUAUGCAAGAAAGAGGAGAAAGUUGUCUUCCCGCUCCGAUUAUCAGGAUGCGGUGUCAGACUCAGAUGUGUCCAUGGACGAGAACGACUCCCUCCCCUCAGCGCAACCUCUGGCUGAACUUCUCCGAACAGCUGGAUCUCUGACUAGGACAGAUACCAAGAGACCAGGCACAAAAGGGACCCGGAAGCUGCGGCCGGAAGUCAUCGACAUCCAGCGAUGCAAAGAUGUAGCGGGCUCCGGACCAUCUUCAGUCGACACAUUGCAAUUUCACCCAUACUACCCUCUCCUCCUUGCCGCCGGACCAAGUUCGACGGUGACGUUGUACCACAUCUCACCUCAACCGCCGAAUCCUAACCCGAUUCUAACCUCCCUACAUCUGAAGGGCACUCCUCUGCACACGGCAGCAUUCUGCCGGCCACGAGCCCAACCUGCGCCAGAGGACGCAAGCGAGACACACGACCAGACCAAAAUAUUUCUCUCUUCUCGACGGCGGUAUUUCCAUACCUGGUCACUCUCCACCGGCACUGUCACCAAGGUAACUCGUGCACUCUACGGUCAGGCCCGCAAAGAGCAGCGAACGAUGGAAGCUUUCAAGCUGUCCCCCUGCGGCCGCUACAUGGGACUCAUCGGGUCAUCGAAGAAGGGAGGCGGGAGCAUCAACGUGCUGUCGACAGAGACCUUGCAGUGGGUGUGUAGCUGUCGGAUUGAUUCACGCGGUGGCGUGGCGGACUUUGCGUGGUGGCGCAACGGGGACGGGUUUGCGGUGGUGGGAAAGAACGGGGAGGUUAGCGAGUAUGACAUCGAGGCGCGGAGGGUAGUCAUGAGGUGGAUGGACGACGGCGCCGUCGGCACGACCGUCAUCGCCUUGGGCGGGGAUUCCGGACAGCAGCAGUGCCGGGGCGGCAGCCGCUGGGUCGCUGUGGGCUCUUCUAGCGGAGUUGUCAAUCUCUACGAUCGACGCGGGUGGAUGGGCACUACCAACACUUCCAACGACCUCGUUGCCACCAAGGACGAGAGACCCAAACCCGCCCGGAUGUUCGACCAGCUGACGACGCCGAUCUCGCACCUCGAGUUCUCCCAAGACGGCCAGAUGCUGGUCAUGACAUCGCGCUGGAAGAAGAACGCCCUGCGCCUGGCCCACCUGCCCAGCUGCACGCUCUACAGGAACUGGCCGACGGACAAGACACCCUUGGGCAGAAUCAGCGCCGCCGCCCUGUCGCCGGAUGGAAGUUACCUCGCUGUCGGGAAUGAGCAGGGGAAGAUCAGACUGUGGGAGAUACGCGAAUGA